UCUUGGCUCCCUCCUGGGUCUCCAGCACAGAGCUUCUGGCCGUCCCCCCAGUUCCCGCACACACUGUGAUCCCUGAGGCCAGGACCGCUGGGGUCCCCUGAGCUGGGCCAGCCCACAGGGAAAAUGGGUUCCCCGCAUGAUCAGGCCUACCGUCUCCUGAAGGAAUAUUCCAACGGCUUCAUGGUCUCCCAGGUUCUCUUCGCCGCCUGUGAGCUGGGCGUGUUUGACCUUCUGGCCGAGGCCCCGGGGCCCCUGGGCUCGGCCGCAGUGGCCGCACAUCUGGGCAUCAGCUGCUGGGGGACGGAGCAACUGCUGGAUGCCUGUGUGCUCCUGAAGCUGCUUCACGUGGAAAUGAGGAGAGGAGAAGCUGUCUACGCCAACACCGAGCUGGCCAGCGCCUACCUGGCCAGGACCAGCCCCACGUCCCAGCAGCACAUGCUGCUCUACGUGGCCAGGACCACCUACCUGUGCUGGGCCCACCUGGCCGAGGCUGUGAGGGAAGGGAAGAACCAGUAUCUGAAGGCGUUCGGGGUUCCCUCCGAGGAGCUCUUCAGCGCCAUCUACAGGUCUGAGGGGGAGCGGCUGCAGUUCCUGCGGGGCCUGGGGGACGUGUGGAGCGUGGAAGGGAGGGGCGUGCUGGCCGCCUUUGACCUGUCACCGUUCCCACUCAUCUGCGACCUCGGAGGUGAGUACUCCCGGAUUCAGGGGCUUGUAGAUGAGCGUGUCGCCAUGGAGACCAGAGGGUGGGUACCACCCGGUUCCCCCGCCAGGCUCGCCCUGUGUCCACUUGCAGGCUGUUCAGGGGCUCUGGCCAAGGAGUGCACGUCUCUCUAUGCUGGAUGCCGCGUCACCGUGUUCGACAUGCCAGAUGUGGUCCAGACGGCAAAGAGGCACUUCUCCUUCCCGGAGGACGGACGGAUCAGCUUCUGUGAGGGAGAUUUCUUUAAAGACCCCCUCCCGGAGGCGGACCUGUACCUGCUGGCCAGGGUCCUGCACGACUGGACGGACGACAAGUGCUCCCGCCUGCUGGCCAGAAUCCACGGCGCCUGCAGGACAGGCGGCGGCAUCCUGGUCAUUGAGAGCCUCCUGGAUGCCGAUGGGCGGGGCCCCCUGACCACACAGCUCUACUCGCUCAACAUGCUCGUGCAGACCGAGGGCCGCGAGCGGACCCCCGCCCAGUACCGCGCGCUCCUGGCCCCCGCCGGCUUCCACGACAUCCAGUGCCGCAGAACCGGGGGCACCUACGACGCCAUCCUGGCCAGGAAGUGACCCCCAGCGUCAUCUGAGACCCCUCACGGACUGCUCUCCAGAGGCCAUGUCUGGCACAUUUCCUGGUUUUGCGCCCA